AUGGACUCUGAUCAAGCCAAGCUCUUCCUCGGUGGUAUAUCUCCGGAGACCACCGAAGCUACAUUGCAAGAUUACUUCGGCCAAUACGGCGCCGUUUUGGGCUCGACAGUUGCCAAGGACCGCUCCACUGGCAUUCCUCGAGGGUUUGGCUUCGUCUGGUUCUCUGAUCCGUCUUCGGCUGAUAAAGCCCUCCAAGACUCGCAUGUCAUUCUUGGAAGAAAGGUAGAUGUGAAGAGAGCAAAACCCAGAAGAGCCUUUGCACACCCCAGAAACCAAGAACCGCUGCCACCGCAGCAAUUGCAGAGUAGUAGUUUUGAGGCUAGCAACAAUCAGUUUAGAACAAGGAAGAUUUUUGUGGGGGGAUUGUCGGCGAGUGUGACAGAAUUGGAGUUUAAGAAUUACUUUGAGAAGUUUGGUAGGGUGACUGAUGUAGUGGUGAUGAUGGACAGCACAACUCACCGCCCUCGCGGGUUUGGUUUUAUCACUUUUGAGUCUGAGGAUGCUGUGGAUAAUGUGAUGCAGAAAAACUUCCACCAGGUGAGUGGUAAGUUUGUGGAGGUCAAGAGGGCUGUGCCGAGGGAGGAGAGUUACAAUCCGGACAGGGGUUAUCAGCCUGGCAGUAAUCGUUCUCCUUAUAUUGGCAGUCCUACUACAUAUGGAGUUCUUCCUACUCCUACACCUUAUGCUGGUAUUGGAGGGUUUACUGGUGGAACAGGUGUCUAUGGAGGUUGGUACCCGGCUGGUGGAUACACAGGUGUUCCUUAUGGCAUUGCCACCCCAAUUGUUCCUCAGGCGUUGAUGUAUCCGUAUGGCAACACUUUUUAUCCUGCAUACAUGAGUGGCGGGGGAUGGGUGGCGGCUGGAGGUGGGCAUAACUUGUAUAACAGAGUGUUUGAGCCAGCUAUGAAUCAGCGUGGUUUUGUGAGCCAGCAUGCACCAGCUGAUGUGAAGUCGUCUGGGGUUGAAGGGGAGAAACUUGAUGGUGCUGCAUGACAAGGAACAGCAUACUAGGUCUUGACAGAUGACUGUAGCCUAACCAUUCUAUCCGUACAGGAUACCCUUUUGUAAUAUAAUUGCGUUCAUGAUUCAGACAGUUUACUUUUGGAGCUUAAGCAUUUGCAGGAUUCAUUUCAUCUGUAUAAAUCAUCAGUCUUAUUUGGG